AUGUCACCUCAUCUUCCAACCCCAUCACCUCUCUUCCGCCUCCUCACUCCCCUCCUCCAAUCCUUCAGAUCUACCUUCCCCUCAACAACCUCAACAACACCCCUCAGAACCUUCACCAGCACCCCAUCUAUGCACAAGAAGAAUCCUAAUAGCAAAACCGAUCCACGAGUAACACUCAUUCGCUACCAUCUUCAACAUCCCAAGACACCUCGCCCACUGCGAUUCUCACGCAUGCGUGCGCUGAGGCAUUGGACAAUCCAUCGUGCAUGGAUGAUAUUAAGGCGAAAGCAAAGGAUCGAGGAGGAGGGCGAAUUGUACAGACUUCACCAAUCAAUGCACAACGCAAUGGAAGACCUCCGUCUUCUCGACGGCUCCGGCCAGAAGGAAGCAGGUAGAUUAUAUCGCGUCGCUCUCGAGAAGAAAGGAAUUUUCGGAAAAGAUGGAGUCCCAAUUGAGUACGCGAGAGCACAAACCGACACACCAGCGAAAGAACCAUGGAAUCAUGGAUGGACUACAGACAAAACUACUAUAUGA